AGCCCGUCAAGUCCCCACACCUAAAUCCUGACGCAACGCGAUGCGUUCGGCCUGGCGACAAGUUUAUUAAAACAUACAAACUAUGUGGAUACUCGAGAACGAGGGUGAAGCCAUCGAUGGCAAGCGGCUCUGGCUGCGACCAGGCAAACGAUACCUCUUUGGCCGAACCGUUGCCGAACCUGGCAUGCUCGCAAUCAAGGGCGAGAAGGCUAAUACCGUAUCGAGAAAGCAUGUCAUUAUCCAGGUCGACCCUGUUUGUGAGGGAGAGGGGCAAAACCCAAGGGGAAGGUCAAAAGUUACCGUUGAAGAUCUUUGUUCCAAAAUCGGUACUACCGUCAAUGGGAAGAAGUUCAAGGGCGAGAAAUAUGUCAUCACUACGGAUGAGAACGUCCUUCAAAUGGGUUCACUGCAGGCCAAGUUUCGCAUCACAUGGUUUCCUGUCGUUUUGAGCUACUCGUUUACAGGCAAGGAAUUGCGAUCCAACCCUUUAACGAAGCUUCGAACGGAUCUCGAGCAACUUGACAUUAAGUUCUUCACCGACUAUAUGCCGACCACCACACAUGUGGUGGCACGGAAGCGGAACACCCCGAAAGGGCUUCAGGCCUUGAUCAACGGCAGAUACAUUGUUAAUGACAGAUUUGUGGAAGCCGUUGUUGCAGCAGCCACGCCACAACAGCUUGAUGGAGGCGUGGAGAUGAGCUUGUUAGAGAGGGACUUUGACUCGUACUGGCCAAAUGCCCUGGAAUUUCUCCCUCUUGCUGGAGAUGAACCGGUGCCAAGAGCUGUCGAGGACUUUUCUCCCAACCCUGAAAGAACAAGACUCUUUGAGGGGUACACCUUUAUAUUCUACGAACAAAAGCAAUUCGAUACACUCUUGGGCCCAAUCACCAACGGCGGCGGCAAGGCUGUAUUCAAAGUUGCGAUUCCAGGCGAGACGCAGAUUGAUGAUUUCAUCCGAUUCGUGAAGGAGAUUGCCGGCGAAAAGGGGCUCGGCGAGUUCGAGGACGGCAGUGAAGGCAAGGGUGCAGUCGUCGUGAGGUUUCUGCCCAUCAAUGGCGAGACCUUGGACUGGUUCUCCGAGUUCUAUACAGCCGUAUCACUUCGACUGGAUCAUCGUCUUAUCGACCAGAAGGACUUCAUCGGUGCGAUUCUUGGCAAUGAUGCCAGCGUACUCAGACGCCCACUUGAAGUCGAGACUCAACGCACUUCACAAGGAGGCCCUGCUGCACUAGAGCCACAUCCAAUAGAAGUAGACGAAAACCCAGCACGAGAAGCCUCGCAGCCUUCUGCAUCUCGAAGAAGAAUCCGUGGUGUUGCUAGAAGUCGUUUUAAGGGCUUUGAUGUGGACUUGGAUUCUGAUAAUGAGGUAUCGGAGGGUGUGCCGGCAAGUGCACCCGUACCAGCCGUCAAUGAGUCUUCACAAGAAGGAGGACUCUUCGUUUCGCAAAACCCCGCGUCGGCAGAACCCGAAGAAACAACACGUGCUGGUCGCCGCUCACAGCGUAAACGUCCCGCAUCGCCCAUACCGGAGCCUCCGGACAUCAUGGAAGAAUUCGCGCCAAACGCAGCACAGGUCAAGCGUCGACGCAUCGAAAGAGGCGAAACCCCUAUUCCUCGGGAUCCAACUCCGUCGGUCGACGAAGGAUCAGAGCUGUCAGCCUCGAAAUCUAAGCAAACAAAGAAAAGCCCCAAGGUCAAGAAGGAGGUCGACAUCCUUAAGAUUGCACGUCAGCACCGGGAAGAAGCAGAAGCGCGAGCCAGGCGCGAACGCGAGGAGUUGGCAACUGCCCCGGAGGGUCUCGAUCUUGCUGAGAUCCGGCGCUUGCAGAUUGAGGAACCGAUGGAAAUCCGACAAGCGCCACCACAAGUCCGCGGUCAUGAUAAAGAUGUAGCCGAUGGACGCUGGAAUCCUGCGUGGAAUGGACGGCAGAACUUCAAGAAGUUUCGUCAGUGCGGAGCGGCGACAGUCGCACGGCCACAUUUAAAGACGCUCAUAGCACUAGAGGAGGUCAAGUCCAAGGGCUUUGGGAUCGGCGAUGACUACUGGCUGCAGGAUACGGGUGGCCAGAAAAAGAAGAGCCAGAACCGAAGCCAGAGUCGGGGGCUCAGUAGCGGUGCUGAUGCUUCUAACACCCAGAACCGAUCCCAGACUGCGGCGUCGAGGCGUGAGUGUAGCAGUGAACUAGAGGCAAACAACGAUGGCGUCGAUGACUCCGAAGAUGCCGCGUUCACAUCAGGGCAGUCGCGGGCGAACAAGGCUGCGCAAAGCUUUUCAACGCAGUCGCUGCGGAUGCAGACCUCGCAGAUAGCUCAGUCCGGGAGAACGACAAAACGAACUGCUGCGGCGUCACCGCCUGAGCAACAGCCGGCCAAGAAGGCCAGGAUCACGACCAUCGCAGCGAGUGAUGACGACGACAGUGACGAUGAGUUGCGAUUCCGUUUCCGAUUCACCAAACGGUGAUUCGCUUGAGGAUAUUUGCAAACGGACAGAAACAGAGUGUUGGUUGGAGUUGGCUGGAUCCAUGCAUACAUUAUAUUUUCGGACGCUGACGUCUCCUGUAUUUCUUCAUGGGGUAUCUCUUCUAUCUGGCUUCUAGCUUCUAGUAUUAUACACAUCUGGUAGAUGGCCUGCCCCUAUAAAGUACAACGUGCCGUCCGCGUCUGAAUGCGAGAUGCAAUUCUGACA